ACACCCUAAUCGAGAUUUCUCGCGUGGGGGAGUGCACAAUAAUGCGCUUCAUCAUCAUCGUAAAUUAUUAGGCUUUUUAGUAUACUUGUAGAGUAGUAGUCCUAGUGUGUCCGCCUCUCUCUAGCUCUGCGAUUUCUUCUCUGGUAGAAGAAUCGCCAACCCCUGCUCUCCCACCAAGCUCGAAGAGAUCACACCGCGACCCUUCAACACCGCUUUCCCUCCUCCUCCCUCCCUCCCACCCCCUCUCGUCGCUUCACCGACUACUACCGACUUUAUACUACUCUCUCCCUCCCUCGUGGCUGGCCGCAAGCGUGUGUACCAAGUGUCCCCCUGUCUGUGUAUAAACCAAAAAGAAGACCAUUCGACCCUUGACUUCUCAUAUCGCAGUUUGUCGUACUAACACCCACUUUUUCUACGUUCACUUGACUUUGAGCGAGGCUGGCCCUUCAUCUUAGAGAACUUACUUAGAGAACUCGCCGAGCGAACGUCCCACGUCGACACAAACUCCGAAGAAAAGGAGCCGAAAUACUUUGCAAGACCGGACAAAGAAAGUUGUGUGUGUGUUGCUGAGACGUCAAGCGAGUUGUUGUUUGUAGUCGGUGCAUGGCGUCAGCGGGAACAUGGAGUACCGUCACGCCUUCGAAAGUUGUCGCAGUUACAAUCGCCAGGACGACUCUAUAAGCAGAACUGAUCUGCCCAAUGCUUGUCAGAAAUGCGGACUAAAAUUCAACCAACAAUUCAACCAACACCUCGAUCCAAAUCCACACAGUCUUCGAGUAUCGUACGAAGUCUUCGAACAAUGCACAUUAUAUCGUGACCGCGACUAUGCCCCAACUAGCCCUCGUCCCUCCUCCGGCUCUGGAAACAAGCACCAGCGACCCCCUUUUCCGUCCUCUCACCAUCACUCGUCGCGGGGGAUGAAACACGUCCCCUCCCCCCAGGGAUACGGCGGCUACGAGACCAGGGAACAUGAAAUGGAGUGCAGCCGGCGACCGAGUCAUCCUGGCUACAACAGACAGGAAAACAGGACCCCAGAGGUAAGUAAAAUUGUUAUAUACAAACUAGUGGAAUUGUAAUUGUGUGAGUCUUUUUUUGGGUGAACCCCUUUAUUUGGGCAUUAAGAAUGAGGAGAGUGUGCUGUAUACCAUUUAUUGAUUGCAGGGUGUAACUUUAUUACUAUUUUUGUGGGGUGAACCCUUCAUUUAUGCAAUAAAAUGGGACUAGGGUGGGGAUAUAAUGCUUAUUGACCACAGCUCUGUAACUCUAUUAAUAUUAUUGUGGGGUGAACCCUUCAUUUGGGCAGUAAAAUGAGGACACUGUGGUUAUAACUGUUGACCGGUGACCCGCAACUCAAUUACUAUUAUUGUGGGUGACCCCUGCAUUUGGGCUGACAAACGAGGACACAGCAUGUUUACUAUGUAACUGAGGUGUAGGAGUGAAAUAGUGAUAUCGACCUAUUCCACAAUCGGUCGUGUUUGGAUUCUAUACGUCGGAAAACUACUUGUAUACAUCAAGUCUUCUAACGCUAUUUUAUACACCCACUUAUUGGUUAAUAUCUUUAUUGGACAGCGAUUUAAAAAUAAAAGCCGACUGGUUAAUAGCCAAUUGCGCACUUGACGAUAAUUUUGGAUGACCGGAAGUUCGAAAUUGUGGAAAAUCAGAUUGAUGAACGCAAUCAGUGCGACGAAGAGGAGGUAAUUCACCGAGGCCUUGACAUAAUCACGGAACAGAGUACAUCGAUGCAUUGUGAGCACCAAUUAAGUAGCAGGAAGUGCCAAUGACAAUGUUAACCCCUGAAAGCCACCGC